AUGGGCAUUCACGACCUCACCAUCUCCAGAUUCCAUGCUGCUCUCCGUCAAGGCCGUACGUCGAUUGCCGCCACCGUGUCAGCGUAUUUGACUCAAAUCACUCGACACAAUCCCACCCUGCACGCACUCAUCACCGUUAACCCCAACGCGCUCUCAGAAGCCCAGAAGAAAGAUGCUGCACUGGACUGUCGCAGUGCCUAUACACCAUUGCCACGCUUGCACGGCGUUCCCAUCAUACUCAAAGACACCUACACCACGGCCGGCCUUCGGACUACCUCCGGCGUCCGGGCCUUGGAGACCCUCCAAACCGCGACGAACGCCGCAGUCGUGGACGCUCUCCUCUCCCAAGGUGCCAUCAUCCUCGCCAAAGCUAAUGUGCACGAAUUCUGCCUCCAGGGCGUGACCGCGUCCUCUAUCCAAGGCCAAACUCUCAACCCCUACGACCCCACGCGCACUCCUGGGGGCUCGUCCGGGGGCACCGCCGCCGCACUGGCCGCCAAUAUGGGGCUCGUCGGCUGCGGUGGGGACACGAUGAACUCGCUGCGCUCGCCAGCCUCCGCCUGCGCGAUCGUCGGAUUCCGGCCGACGUAUGGCCAGGUCUCGCGGCGAGGUAUCGUUCCUGUGACGGAGACGCAGGACGUCGUCGGACCUAUGGGUCGGACCGUUGCCGACGUACGAGUCUUGUUUGGGGUGAUGCGCGGGGAGGAUAGAUAUGAUGCCGCAACGGUGAAUCCUUCGCGACAUCGCACCCCGUCGCCCCAUAAGCCGCGUCUGCGUGUCGGCAUCCUUCGGGACUAUUUUGGCGACGCUGACACAGAUGAUGGGGCGGUCGUUAACUCAACCAUCGCUGAUGCGCUGCGUCGCAUGCGAGAGCAGAAGAUAUCUUGCAAGAUCGAGUUUACCGAGCUCCCUCCCCUCCCGGAAUGGGAUAUACCCACCUUACAAGCGACGGCGGACAUGCAGGCGUUCGAGUUCCGAGAGGUCUUCGACGCCUUUCUACAAUCGGUCGAACACACCCCGCAUCGAUCGCUGGCGUCCAUUGUUGCCAGCGGACUCUACCACCGCGACGCGGUCACCCCUGUACUGUACCAGACACUCCAGGACGACGGGGUGUUUACGACCUCCAGCGCGGAGUACCAGUCGCGGCUGCGCCGCAUCGAGGCUCUCAAGCGCUCUGUCGAGAAUGUCUUUACGAAGUACGAUCUCGACGCACUUGUAUAUCCACACCAGCGUCAGUUGGUCGCGCCUGUCGGGUCGAUGGUGCAGCCCGGACGGAAUGGACUAUUGGCUGCACUGACGGGGCGGCCAGCCGUUUGUCUUCCAGCCGGAUUCAGUCCGCCGUCUCCUACCGCACCGCAGGGGAUCCCCAUCGGUCUGGAAUUGAUGGGUCAACCGUGGCAAGACGACGAGCUGCUCAAUCUCGCGGAGCAUUUUGAAUCGGUCAUCCAAGGCCGCAAGGCGCCAGUCGGGUACGAUCCCGUGCCGCGCACAAUGUCUUAA